GUGCCCGUUUAAAUAGCUCAUUACAAGCCCAUUAGAUGCCCAUUAGAAGUGAGCGAAGGUCCAUUAGAAGCCCAUGGACACCACAAAGUGGUUUCUUUAAAUAGCAGCAGCUAUGUCCAAUCCGUAACCCUUGUGGGUCGGUGGCACUAUGGCUGAUGUCGGCGACGCAUCUCAGAUCACCAGCGGCGAGAAUGCUGGCGACCAGGGGAAGCCGUCGGAGACCUUGCCUCCUUCCGGCCUCUCAGGCUUCUCCCUCAGCAUCUGGCCUCCAUCGCAGCGGACGCGGGACGCCGUGGUCCAGCGCCUCGUUGAGACCCUCUCCUCCCCUUCCGUGCUCACCAAGCGCUACGGGAGCGUCCCGGUGGACGAGGCCGACUCCGUGGCGCGCCUCAUCGAGCAGGAGGCCUUCGACGCCGCGCACUCCGACGGCAUACGCGCUUCGGACGACGACGGGCUGGAGACGAUACAUAUUUACUCCAAGGAGAUUAGCAACCGGAUGAUCCAGAUGGUGAAAUCUAGGGCUUCAUCUGCCUCAUCCAUACCCCCCAUUCAGGACGCGGCUUUGGUGCGAACCGAGUCCCCUCCCACUGCUAAUGGCGCCGAGGACGAAGCUUCUUCAGCAGAACCGGUUGCUUCUUGAGUUCUUCCUUCGCUUUUCUCCCCUACCGGUAACUUUGCUUGGCCCGGCCUUGUUUAAAUCGUACCUUUUUGUUAUGAUAUUGGAAUACUGAGUGUUGAUCUCGAUGACCUGAGACUUGAUACUCCAAUUAUGUACUAUGAUGUCUUGAAGUUGAACCUUAUAAGGGUUUCUUCUGCUCUCAA